AUGGCUUUGUCCUCACGCGUUGCCAUCAUUACCGGUGCAGCAUCUGGCCUCGGCCGCGCGACAGCUAAUCGACUCGUGCAAAAUGGAGCGCGCGUAAUUUUAUGUGACCUGCCGAGCAGCGAAGGAGUCAACGUCGCAGAAGAACUUGGCAAUUCGUGCCGCUUUAGCCCCACCGAUGUGACGCGCGAGGAAGACGUAACGGCGGCUCUAGACCUGGCAGAAUCGGUCUUUGGUGAGCCCGUGAAUACAGCUGUGAAUUGUGCCGGUAUCGCCCUGUCUAUCAAGACACUGAGCAAGAAAGGCGUGCAUCCGCUACGCCACUUCCAACGAACUCUUGACGUCAACACGAUCGGGACCUUUAACGUCGCUCGCCUUGCAGCCGAACGCAUGUCCAAAGCACAACCCGGGCCUGACGGAGAGCAUGGCAUUAUCAUCAAUACUGCCAGCAUCGCUGCGUAUGAGGGGCAAAUUGGACAAGUUGCGUACGCCGCUAGCAAAGCAGCCAUCGUCGGAAUGACGCUUCCUCUUGCGAGAGACUUGUCUCCUCUCGGUAUCCGUGUGAAUACCAUUGCGCCAGGUCUGUUCAUGACGCCGCUUCUGGCGGGACUUCCUGAGAACGUGCAAAAGGAACUAGGUGACCGCGUUCCAUUCCCUAGCCGUUUAGGAAACCCCGAAGAGUACGCUCAGUUGGUACAUGCUAUCAUUGACAAUCGAAUGAUUAACGGUGAAACGAUCCGUCUCGACGGCGGGCUUCGCAUGCCGCCAAAGUAA